AUGGCAGUCGAAACCACCACAACCACCACAACCACCACCAUAAAAACCCACCCGGACCUCCUCCACGUCCACCGCAGUCCCAAAGCCUUCGCCAGUUCUGCCAUCUCCCAAACCGACCUCCCCGCUGGCGCCGUCUUCACCAAAAUCACCACCGCAACCCCAGCCCCCAAAGCCUACACCUCCGUGCAAACCGGCCCGGACUCGCACAUCGAGCUCAACUCCGACCUUGUCUUCAUCAACCACUCCUGCACGCCGUCGCUGGUCUUUGAUAUGCACAACAUGGAGGUCCGGGUUGUGGACGAGCGGCCGCUAAACAAGGGCAAUGCGCUUACCUUCUUUUAUCCCAGUACGGAGUGGGAGAUGGACCAGCCGUUUGAGUGUGCUUGUGGUGCGGGGGAGGGGAAGUGUUUGGGACGGAUUUCGGGGGCUAAGGAUAUGAGUGAUGAGCAGUUGAAGGGUUUUUGGUUGAAUCCGCAUAUUGAGGAGUUGAAGAGGGGUCAGCGUGUAUAA